CAGGAGAUGUCUGGGACAGAACUGGAUGGGAUCGCAAGCCUGGAAGAUAUGUUGUUCCAAGCUGCCGGAGACUUGCCCCAGAGUGGCCACACUCCCGACGACUGUGAGGUGGUCCACACCGGGGCCCAUUCUACCUCCUUAUUGUUGCACGAGCGCAGUGCUCCAGUGCAAAUUUAUGCAAUCGACAUGGACAUCAGUGAGACUAUGGGUACCCUGAAGUCACGAGCCGCUGAAGCACUCCGUCUUGACCUUCAGAACUUUGCUGUAACUGUUUUGUCUGAGAGAGAGCUGAGCGAUGAUGACACAUUACAAGAACAGUGUGGUACUAGUACUGGACUUGUACAGAUCCAGUUUGUUGUGAAACCGGAGGAUUCUGGAGGCCGCAUUGAUAUUUUGGACGUCUUGAAACCAAACGAAGGAGAGACAGCAGACAACAAGAGUCAGGAGUGCAUGGGGUCAGGCAGCAAGAGUGCCUCCACUGAUGCCAAGACCCAGCACAAGGUGCCCAAGACCACACGCUGGAUAGUCUGCCCAACCUUCAAGGAGAUUCAGAGAGUCUUAAAAAUACCUCAGAGUAAGUCGAGCUUUCAGAAAAUUGUACAGGAAAUCUGUAAAUGUUGUGUAGAAAGUUUUCACUUGCUCUCUCUCUCUCUUAUUUAUUCUCUUAAAUAUUUUCGUUUUAAUUCACUGACCAUGAAUACCCUUUAAGGUAGAGUCUGGUAAAGGGCUCUGAUCCAAGGAAUUGCAGUUACUCUCAUCUUCAAGAUCUGAUUACAGUAAGC